AUUUAUUUCUGUUUCUUCCUCAAAGUGUUCCUUCAAUACUUUGUGUGGACGAGAGUGGAAGAUGUUUGUCUUAGCGAUAUCUUCUCCUUCAACGACUCUCACCAGACUAUUAAAACCAAAAGGACCAAACCGGUCACUGGUUCGAAAGUUCCUGUGCGUGAGUCAGAGGCCACAGAGCAAAACCGGUACCGGAAAAUCUUGGAUCGUCCCAACAAGUCUCUCGCUUUUUGGUUCAGGCUUCUUCUUGGGUCCUCUCCUCGAUGGUCUCCACUCACGCGUGGAUCUCGUGGUUUACAAAACCGGAGCUUUUCAAAUCGGUCCUCUUCAUACCAACAUCUGGGUCCCGUUCUUGCUUGGCUUAUUUUACUGCACAGUAGGUCUACUGCAACUACUAUUGGAUGAAAAAACCUCCAUCGAACCUCCACGUGGCCAAAUGGGCAAAACCGUAGUUUCCUUGUUAGCACUUGUGAUGUUCUUAGAGCUAAGUGCUGAAAUGUACAAAGCUGGAGUUUCAGCCAAUAUAGAAGCUUACAUUCUAUUUGCCUUAGCAGAAUUUCUUUGGUUCUCUUUGGAUAGAACCUGGCUUGGCUUCACCAUUGCCUCUCUCCUCGGUAUCGCCUGCCCCUUAGCCGAAAUCCCCAUUAUGCAAUUCUUUCAUCUGUGGUACUAUCCAGAAGCAAACAUAGAGAUCUUUGGCCAGAGUGUUUUUUUUUCUUUUGUUUUCUGGAAAAGGGAUUGGUCACUUGGACAACAACUUGCUACUUUGUCUACACACCGUUCUUGAUAAACCUUGCAAGAUGGCUCAAGACAGUUGCGGAGACUAUGACUGAAGUGGACAUUAGCCAAAACAAAGAGCUAUAGUUUCUUUUUUACAUAUGUAUAAAAUAUUGGCUUUCUUCAUGCUUUCUAGCUUGUAAAGGUUACAUUAGAAAUGUCCUUGAACUUUUCUUUAAUCGCUGCUCGUAUUCCC